GAGCGGGAAAUCCCUUUUCUCAAAUUAAAAUUGUAUUAACUUUGUUUUUUAGGAAUGAUUCGAACGCAACAGAAGGCCAAGGAACUUAGAAAUGCCACACGGUUCAGCAAUUUGGCCUUGCCGCAGCAAAAAAUCAUCGUAAUAAGUGACAAAAUCGGUACCGAACCGAGGGCCAAUCGGUUAAUAGUGAAAUGGCUGAGCGAACAGUACGGUGAACAGCAAGGGUAUCCGAUCGCCGUAAAUCGCUUGAACGAAUGCGCCCCAUUUCUCACGAUGCACGUAUCGAAGCUCGAGCGCCACUUCGAGCUAAAGCAGCUUUUUCAGUUCAUAGCAUCAUGCCGGAAGAACGUAAAGGUAAUGCACCUGUUCGUAUGGGUAGCCGAAAGCAAGCUGAAGCAACCGUUCGUCUUGCCCUACCUGGAGCACAUGUCCGAUACGAUGGUCACUCUUGAAGAUGGCCAGCAUUUGGCGCUGCUGGUGAAGAAAGCUAGCGGAGCGGUAACCAACAAGUACUACGAAGUGUGUGCGACUUCGACUGAGUUCAAUGUGAUAGAGACGAAGCGUGUGGCCAAGGAGAAACAUGUACAAGCAACGGCAGAACCGGAACCACCCAUCAACCCGGCAACGCUCGGUACAUUCAAGAUCGAUUUGAAGGAAACGGAACAGCAGGCCAAGAAUGCUCUGACGCUGCCUUUCGAAUUCUUCAAGACGACUCCGGACGGAGGCAAAAUCUUGUACCAUCCCGAUGCAGCCGACGAUCUAGACGAGGAAGACCCCGAUGACGAUUUGCUAAUAUGAGCUAGCGGACACUGUGGAGCUUUUGUCGAUACGCGCAACAAUAGAAGAGUAUACGGUAUUGAUUUGUUUUCUCUCUUCUCUUAUUUUUUUUAUUCACGCAUAACCGUUCACAUCCGGAACGCUAUCGACAGCCACACAAUUUGUUAAAAAUGCUAAAUGCACUAACUACACAACUCGCAGUGAGUAGAGUUUCCGAGGGGGUGUGGUCCUACUCGUACCAGCAUGAGAAUCCUUCAGCCCUACUCGCCUCAACACAUGUGGCAGCGCUUGUGGUAGAGUUGCUGAACACACCGCCACGUUGUCCCGCUACUCUUGGUGGGGGAAAUCGCAAAGGAAAGAAUCAAAACUCGUGUUCGAUAAAGGAGGAGACGCAUGUGUGUGCUAAAGGUAUGCCGCGUAACGCGACGGUAACAAUGACAAACAAAACAAUGGCACUAAUUAAA